GCUGUGUGUAGUCUGACGAAUAAAAGCUGUAGCCUAUAGAUCUGUGCAAGGCUUUUUAACCGGGUACGACCAGCCAGGCUUAACGGAAACAUUUCCUCGUAAAUUCAGAGCAGAGGUUCUAGCCGAGCGAUAGGUCUGAAAAGCUAAGCAAACAUGAGCGACAAGGGGACAGUCUCACCGAAGGAGAAAGAGGCAACAGAGAAGAGAGGGCGUGGAAGACCCCGCAAGCAGCCCCAGGUGAAGACCUCUGACGAACCAAGUGGGUCCCCUGCUCCAAAGAAGCCCAGAGGACGACCGAAGGGCAGCAAAAACAAGACGAUCACCAAGGGCAAAAAGGCAGCACCAGCCCCGGCUGCAGGGGGAAAACGCAGAGGAAGACCCAAGAAGGAGGAGAAGGAAGAAAAGGCAUCCAAGGAAUCAUCUGAGGAGGAAGAGGAGGAGGAGGAAGAGGAGGACCAGUAAUUCACAACGCAUGCUACCUCACUCAACAUACUGACUUACUGUUAACCAGAACUGGGCUGUAUCUCCAACGCCAGUGCCACCACAUGACCACUGUUCACGACAAAGCCCUCUUUGCCAAAAAUGAGGGUUAACACAGUACAAAUAUCAUGCAACAGCACUGGAUAGAACGAUGGACCUUGCUCAAGCAUAGAUCUAAGAAUUACAUGAAAGGUAUCAGCCCUUUUCUCUACAUGUCAUCACAAGUCUUUUAUACUGGACAAAGGUGUGCUCUGAGGAGCCUGGAUGUUUCCGUUUCCCCCUCUAAAGAUGGUUUGUAGGACAUUCUCUCUGCUUAAUGUUACUUAUUUGUUGUACCCGCAUCUGAGAUGGUAGGGCAUAUAGAUUUUUCUCCAUGUUUUGUACUGGACAAAGGUGAAUUUUACCGAUACUUGCUGUUUUUUUUGUUUUUGUGUGCGUGUUCGUGUGAAGUGGUUAACCUAUCCUUUUGCAUCGUAUCAUAGAUGGAGUUGAGCUUCAGCAUUUAGGAUGAGAAUAGGUAACAGAUGGUAGAAAUGCCCCGCACCCCACACCCCCGUCGCUAAUCUGCAUAACUGAUUUUGCCCCGUUCCACAAAUGGAGCAGAAUCACCUUUUACCCCAUCCUGUAGGACAGUUUAGAUAUAAUUCUGCUUCUCAGACUUCCUUCGCAGUCCUCUGUUUGUAGUGGGGAGAUGUAAAGUGUAUUGUCUGAUCAGACUAUUCUGGUUACUUAUUACUGUUGUUCCUUCGGGUUACAUACCAUUUAAAAAAACAUGAGUGUGCUGCUUUUCAUGUUAUAAUAAAACUCAAACCUUU